AUGAGACAGGAGCAUAUCAGGGUGAAAAGGGUGGGGAAAGACGAAAAGGAUACCGGGCGCCCGACAACAACGCGGAACAAAAACCCACCUCAUGUGCCAUUAGAUGUUCUGUCAUUCUUUGACCACGAUAGAGUCAGCCACGAUGGCCAUCAACAAUAUCCGUUCUCAACCACCGCAGGAUCGAGGAAAGGUCAUAGGAGAAGGGUUGGUAUUUUGGUUGAAAUUGUUGUGAAACUACAUACAGAGCAUAUGAAUAGAGGACUGGGAGAGGACUUAGCUGCGGCUAUAAAAGCUGAAGCUGGAAAUCUGAAGUGGGCAAGAUAG